AUGUCCUUUGCUGCUUGGUCCUUUGUGCUCGGGCUGUGCACCUUGGUAGGCCUGGUCUUGUUUCGCCGUCCGCAGCGCAAGCCCAGUGACACGACGCCGUGCAAGCUAUCUCCCGUUCAGCGCCACAACCUGGAGCUGCUUCAGGCACUCGCAAGGACUCCAUACGACCCCCAGAAUACAAGCCACUGUGAUAAGCUGCGCCGAGUAGAAGAGAACUUUUCAGCUGUGUUGCGCAAGUCGACGUUUGAGCCCGACUGGCGGCGAUUAGGAUUUCAACGCUCUGAGUCUCCUAUCACCGACUUUCGGGCUUUAGGCAUCCUGGUCCUCGACAUGCUUCUCAAUUCUAAGGUUUUCCCAGAGAUUCAGGAGAUGGUUGAGGCCGGCGGAUUUCCGUACGCCUUGGUACUGAUUACUCUCACUUUUGACUUUCUGGAUCUCGCUUCAAGGGAUAUGGCUACCGGAUUUACCUUUCCAGAUCGCGAAGUUGAGCUGACUGACCUCCUCGGUGAAGUCGCAGCCUUUGUAGACAGUUUGAUACUUGAUUUAGCAACUCGACUGAAGCGUGCCGGGGGUCAGCCUCUUCUGGAGUUUCCCUCGGUCUACAAAGAGUUCAAGCAUACUCGUGGGUGGUGUUAG